UCCUUUGAAUGUUGUUGGCCUCUCAUUCAUUUUCAUGCAUCAAAGAUGGCGGCAUUCUCAGGCGUGCUCGCUGGGCUUGCGGACAAACUUAAAUUUAAAGACAACGGUGUUCAAACGGAAACUUCUGUUAGCCAGGAAGAUGUUGAAGAGUCAUUGCUCAAGUGCUACAAUGCAUAUGCGGAGGUCCAAGAUUUACAGCCAAACCUGUUGUUGUUCAGAGAAAGACAUGUUGAGUAUCUGAGAAAAGGAUUACAUCACCUCUCUAGUUCUUAUCAGUGUCUGGAUGCAAGUCGUGCAUGGCUUUGCUUUUGGAUUUUACAUUCUCUUGAAUUGUUAGAUGUCCCGAUUCCAUGUGAAGAUGCAGAAAGAGUGGCACGGUUCUUGGAUAAAUGUCAAGACAAAAAUGGAGGAUUUGGUGGUGGACCUGGGCAAAUGCCUCAUUUAGCACCAACGUAUGCAGCAGUUUGUUCUCUUUGCAUACUCGCCAGGUUCUGGGAAGGAGCUUAUGAUAUAAUUGAUAGGCCGGCACUAAAGCAGUUUUUAAUGUACAGAAGAACUCCUGAAGGAUCAUUCACAAUGCAUAGAGAUGGAGAAGUCGAUAUCAGAGGCGCAUACUGUGCUGUUGUUGUUGCAAGGCUAACAAAUAUUGCUGAAGGCCUGUUUGAAGGGACUGCUGAUUGGCUAGCAAGUUGUCAGACGUAUGAGGGCGGAUUUUCAGGCCUGCCAGGGCUUGAAGCCCACGGUGGAUAUGCAUUCUGUGGUUUUGCCGCCCUUGCCUUGCUAGGAAGCGAAAACAAAGCUAACAUCAAGAGUUUGCUGCGCUGGGUGGCAAACAGACAAAUGCGACUUGAAGGUGGAUUUCAGGGAAGGACGAACAAGCUUGUUGAUGGGUGCUACUCGUUUUGGCAAGGUGGCCUAUUUCCUAUUCUGCACAAUGUGCUGCAAAUGUAUGAUGAUGAAGAACUUAGUCAAGAGGAAUGGCUUUUUAAUCAGGAUGCACUUCAACAGUAUGUUCUUCUUGGGUGCCAAAAUUUUAAUGGCGGGCUCCUAGACAAACCAGGAAAGUCACGUGAUUUUUAUCAUACAUGUUACUGUUUGAGUGGCCUGUCGAUCGCCCAGAAUUUCAUAGGAGACGAAGUCCAAAAUACGAAAGUUGUCGGUUCAAAUAAAAAUUUGCUGAAACCGACACACCCUGCCUACAACAUCUGUGUAGAAAGUGCAUAUGAAGCUUUGGAAUAUUUCAGGCAGCGACCUCUGGUAACUAUCGUUAACGAAGAAAAGACAAAAGGUGAGGAAAAAGUGCAGCCACAAGGACAAUGCUCUUGCUCCUAGUCCUAAUUCAGCAGUUAAUAUUCGGUUUUUUAUUAGCAAAUAUUUUCAGUAUCUAAUAUGUUUUGGUUUGCCAGAAAGAUUAACUGGUCUAGAAAGUCUAUGAAAUAACCACAGAUCCCAAUGUAGAACAUUAUUUUUUUGGGGUUCUUGACUCGCGAAUUGCAUCUACUGGUUUUUUAAUGUAGCACUAAAAAUCACCAAAAUUUGGUUACCCUGCCCAAUAACAGUGUUGAUUUCUGGUUUGUGUACAGAAGAGGCCGUAAAAGAUCCAUGAAAAUACAAUCUUAAAAAGAGUCAAGCAUUUUUAAAAGAUUGCCAUUUUUUCGUGCACUACUUUUACAAUUUUGAUGGUAAAAUCUUAUCGUUAAGCGUCAGUCACUUUAUUUGGAACUUAGGCCUCGCAUUUAUACUAGAAAAACGCGCUUUUUCUGGAAAUGAUAAACGUAAGCUUUUCAAGAUUUUGAUCUGUUCAUAAAUUCCGUCAAUACUAGGCAUCAAAUAUCUGACUCCUGGAUUUCGUAUUUUAUCCGAAGGUUCGAAGUACUUCUUGUUAUAAAUUUUUGAAUUAAUUAUUGUCGAGUUUUUAAUCGAUUUUGACAGUUCGGUUAUUUAACAAACUGAUGGGGAUAGUUAUUUAUAAUUGUUUAUGUAAUUGUUCAUUUAAACGAUUGGGGUUUAUUUUGCUUUUAUAGCAAUGUUAAUAAUUGCAAAUUGGGAUCUUUGUCUUUUUUGAAAUAUAUCUUGAUUAGCAAAGA